GAACCGUGUGAAGCGGAGUGGAAACUGAAUGAGGAGGGCACUGAAUAUAUACGAGUGAGCAAAAGAUCAGCAUUUCGAAUUCCUCUUCCUGAAUUGGCGCAAGCCACCUCCGAAUACAUCACUGCAGAUCGAUAUGUUGAAGCGCCAGGUAAAGAUACGCCAGCAGAAAUUGUUUUGGAAAAGACGUAUAAACCGAAGCUUAUGUCGUUUGAAGAAGAAAUCGCCGAAGAAAUGGGUAUUCAGGAUAAGAGAAAACUGCAACCAACAUAUUGGUACUAA